AUGACGUCAUCGAAAGAAAAAUCAAAUCCACAAGAAAUAUUCAAAAUAGAGGCAAUUGCUGCAGAUAGCGCGACGUUUGAUGAUGAUAAGAGAAGGCCAUCUUUUGUAAGUAAGGCGACAACUAAAAUAAAUGUUUUUAAGAGUUCGAGUUCUUAUCUUCAAGUUCAAGAUUACCAUUCGAAUUUAAAUCAUACCCAUGAGUACGAAGAAAUUGAAAAGAUAGAAACUUUAAAAGCUUCGAAUUUCUCGCGGUUCUCUCAAAAUGCAGAACUAUUUCUGAACGAACCGUUGGUAGAAGGGUCAGCACUGAUUCAUAGCUCAAGUGAAAAGAAUCUCGAGAAGGUAUCUGAAGAUCUUGUUUUCGUGAACCUCAACAGAUUAGAAGACGUCGAAACAAAAUCCUGCAAGAACGUGAAAGUUGAACCAUUGCAAAAUUUGAACCAAAGAUCAGGCUCUAUGCAAUGGAUUCAGAACGCAUUUCAAAAUGUUGGUCAGAGAUUCCUCGACUUACGCAGGCCAAGUGAUAUUGUCGCCGAUCACAUGCGCAAAAGCAACGAAGAGAUAGAGAUGGAUCAGGAUCAAUAUUGUGUUUUGAGUGAACUGCAGCAUGAUGUAGCGAGAUUCACUGGGAGACGUUUCAGUGAGAACGUAGUUGGAAAGCAAAAGAAGCUUCUGUUUUCUACAGGAUUUGGAAAUUUGAAAGGGUUGUGGAAGGAUCGACAAGCUGCAAACAAGCGCCAGCAAGAAGACGACUUCGAUCGAACUCGUCCAGAUGUUUGUCCCCUCUUUAACUUUCCUAAAAAAGGAGAUGAAGACGAAAUUAUUCUUGAUGCCCUUCGACAAGCCAUGAGGAAAUGUACCAUUGAUAAUCCCGAUUCUCGCCCAACAUCGGAUAGCGUGUUGCUACAGUUAUCUCAACUUCUGGAUUAACAGACUGAAGAAAACGAAAAGCAAGAAUUAUGACAAUCCAAAGAGAGAUUCUGAUGAAGCUGGGAUUGGAUCAACAGCCAAAUGUGACGUCACGCAUGUCGGAAGAACAAAGGCGGUUUUUAAUGCAGUCCUUCGAUAGAAGACGCACCGAAUCAAACGAGAGCCUCUCUGUCGUUCCAUGUGAGGACGAUCAAAACCGGGAAACAUAAACACAGAAACGAGUUUCGAACAUAAGAACUAUUUGGACUAUCGAAUUUGGGGAGCUCAUUGGAAAAAAAAUAAUAAAUUGACAUUCUUAUUCCUGUCAUGGAUUUCAAUAAAUAAGCUCAUAGAGUGUAACACAAGUUUUUAAUCUUCAAUAACCCACAAACCUGUGUGCAUAUUUUGUCUACAGGAUCAAAUAGGUUUGUUAUCUGUGAAAUUAAAUUUGCACAAUUUAAUAGUUGCCGAAAAAUUAUUAUUUUAUUUUGGUGGUCUGAGGCUGAAUAAAG